AUGGCGGUCGAGAUAAUGUUUACAUUCUGUGGGUCAUACGCUGACCUUUAUACUCUGGCUCAGAACAUACAUUAAAUAUUCAUAACACAGACGAAACCAGGAGAACACGCUCUUGCAUACAAAAUAAGUUAUCUGGAUUGUUCCUAUCGUUGCUACCAUCUUUCCAUUUCCAGUCGCCUUAGUGCAGAGUGACAAUUGGGGCAUGUUAUUUGACCAAAGUUGUUUGUAUGAAACAGUGGGUUCCACAAGAUGACUGAAGGAAUAACGUUGUUUAUCCAGUUAUGUUUGAAAAAAAGGGGCUACCUUCUGGGCAAAUAAGAACUUGCGUUUCGUCUGGCUUUUUCUCGCAAUUCUCAAUGCAUAACUUGAUAAAAUUUAACCCACGACUUUACUAUGGGACCAGCACACGGCGAAUUUGACAAAUAGCACGUUAAAAUACUGAUAAAAACCCCCCACAAACAACAAGUCACUUUGUUGCCAUAUUCGAAUGACAUCUAAAGCAUGACUUAGUCGCGAGUGUAUCACAUGCAGGUGUGAUUAAGAAUCCAAUACAUAACUAUUGUGUUUCGACACUGUCGCUCACACACGGAAACACUGCGGCAAGGCUGCACAUAUGUCAUCCUCAUAGACGCUGACUACGCUCGUUUGUUUGAAAUCAACGAAAAUAGCUUGCUAGCCUAACAAUAUUUUCAAGUCUUUCAGUCUCAGUGUCGUGUUAAAAGCUUCGAACACAUGUAAUUAGAUCUAUUUCUAAACAGAUUAACGGACCACCAGCCUGGAUUUCGUAUAUCGCAAGAAAGCAACUAAACGUUUAUAUCAAAAGUUUUAUUUUAAAUAAUACUUAUUAUUUAUCGCUUAAACGUCCCCUGCACCGCAAUAGUAGCUACAGAUGACUGAUUGUUUAUAUAAUGCUGGUUGCGCCGUACGCGCAAGUUUGAUUUUUGUUCUGGCGCCUGGCGACUUGAAUUGCAAAUGAUCCACAAAAAGCAAAUGAUCCAAAUGAUCCACAAAAAGCAAAUGAUCGAAAUGAUCCACAAAAAGCAAAUGAUCCAAAUGAUCCACAAAAAGCAAAUGAUCCAAAUGAUCCACAAAAAGCAAAUGAUCCAAAUGAUCUACAAAAAGCAAAUGAUCCAAAUGAUCUACAAAAAGCAAAUGAUCUAAAUGAUCCACAAAAAGCAAAUGAUCCAAAUGAUCCACAAAAAGCAAAUGAUCCAAAUGAUCCACAAAAAGCAAAUGAUCCAAAUGAUCCACAAAAAGCAAAUGAUCCGAAUGAUCUACAAAAAGGAAACGAUCCAAAUGCGCCAGCCAAAAAGCCUGACGAUCCAAAACAAAUAGGUAGCUAA